AUGGCCAAGGUGGUGGGGCCAUCGGUCAUCGUGGCGAACACCGCCGCCACAUUCUAUCUUUCCGCCGCCAGAGGAACAAGGCACUGCCGGAGGCGAGGGACCCAACGCCGCAACAGAACAGGGGACCAUCUCCGGCAGCAUCAGAGGGAAGAGGAGGCGCAGGCGCGCAUUCCCACCUGCGGACGUAAGUGCACUAAGACCGGCCUUGCGGCGGGAGUCUCCAGGGGGGUGACAGAGAGCCCCCCAAAACCAAAGCAGCUACCUCGGCUUCCCCCUUCCGCGGAGGGGAGAAAGAAUCCAUCUCCCGAGGUGGCCCAGGGCUCCGCAGAGGAAGCAGAGCCCAUGGAAGAGGCUCCCUGCGAGAGGCCGGAGGGAGGGGCGGAGCCCAGAGGGUCAGACGGCACCCUUGGGGCGAAAGCCCUCCUGGACGCACGGGAGAUCCUCAGGGCCGGCCCCAAGCCCACCACAGGGGAGCCGGCUGCAGAGGGGACCCCGGCAGAAAAACAACCACCUCGGCCUCCACUUCCUUCUGACGGCGACGACGCGGGUCCUAAACCCGGGGUCAGCGCCGAGGAAGGGGUGGAAGAAACAUCUCCCGUGGGAAGCACGGGCUCCGCCAACAACCUGGAGCCCGCGCAACUGACCCCUGCCGAGGGGCCGGAGGGAGGGGAAGAACCCGAGAGCGCACAAAAAAACAAAGACCGGGAACCAGGCCCCCAGCCCACCACAGAGGGGCCGGAGGGAGGGGAGGAACCCGAGAGCGCACAAGACGGCUGCAAUGUGGAGUAG